GUUUGCCAGUGUCGAAGGAUGCUUUGCUUUCUCCGGUGUCCAAAGGGAUCAAAGAAGAAGGAGCGGUGAAGACACAGAGAGAGCGGCAGGACAAUAUUGAUUGAACUGGGGAAAAUGGCAAUUUCCCUCGUCUUCUUUUUAAUUGCUGGAAUCCUGGCUAACAAUCUUAACCUACCAAAUUCUGUGAAUCCCAGCAGUUACAUGAACAGGUGUGACAACUAUGACAGCAACCCCCAAGAUAUGAACCGCCAAAACCAACCCAAUGGAGGAAGAGCACAGACUCCAAACCAGGUCCUGGUCAACAGCAAUUCAGACUUUGCAUUCAAGUUCUUCAGGCAGGUUUCUUCUAAUGGAGACAACCGGGGCAGUUCAUUCAAGAAGAACAUCGUCUUCUCUCCCAUGUGUAUCUCCACAGCUUUUGCAAUGCUGGCUUUGGGCGCUAGGGCCAACACCUUAGACCAGAUCCUUAGAGGACUUGGCUUCAAGCCAUCAGAGAUUCAGGAGAAGAUGAUACAUGAAGGCUUCCAUAACCUCAUCUACUCGUUAAGCAAUGGGGGUUCAGGCCUCCAAAUGGAAAUGGGGAAUUGUCUGUUUGUGCAAAAUGAGUUGCAUCCACAACCUCAGUUCCUAAGGGAGCUCAGGAACAUUUAUGGAGGAGAGAUCUAUAUGGAAAAUUUUAAGAACACAGCAGUAACUGAGGAGCACAUCAAUCAAUAUGUCAAAAUGAAAACCCAUGGGAAGAUUUCUAAGCUUGUCGAUGGAGUCGACCCAAUUACUGAAAUACUACUGGUUAGCUAUAUAUACAUGAAAGCCAAAUGGCAGAAGCCCUUUGACCCAAAGUACACGACAGAGCAGAACUUCUACGUGGAUCCUUACACGGUUGUGAAAGUGCCAAUGAUGUUCCAGAUGGGCAUGUUUGAAACCGGCUAUGACAACGAGCGACUGUGCACCAUUUUGAAGUUGCCUUACAAAGGACAUGCCACUUCCUAUUUUAUCCUACCUGACAAGGGGCAGAUGGAGAGGGUGGCUGCCAGCUUGUCUUGUGGAGCUUUGCGGACUUGGAAGAGAAUACUCACACGGAGCUCUGUAAAUGUGUAUCUUCCAAGAUGCUUGGCGAGUGGAGAGCUUAACCUGAAAGACAUAAUGUACACCAUGGGUGUGGUUGAUGUAUUCACUGACAGAGCAGACCUGUCUGGAAUUACAGGGCAGCCUCAGUACAGGCUCUCAGGAGCCCUUCAUAAGGCUAUGAUGAUGAUAGAUGAGAGAGGAACAGAGGCCGCAGCAGCCUCUUCUAUGGAUAUUGUCCCAAUGGCUAUGCCUAUAACCAUUGAAUUCAAAAGCCCUUUCAUAGCCAUGAUCGUUGAUGAACGUUCUGACUCUAUUCUCUUCAUGUCGAAGAUCUACAAUCCUUCAGAGAAGUAGCUGUAGACCAAGAUCAUCUGACUGUUAAUCAGCAUGUACUCAAUAAACUCAUUGGUCUGAUCAGCACUGAA